AUGUCUACCAGAUCACAGCUCACUAAAGAUCUAAAUGAAAGUAUUAAGUCUUCAGUUGGAAAUAAAGUAAAAAUUUUAUUUAAAAAUGUGGUUCGACUGGAAACCAAAGGCGACAAGACUGAAAAUAGAGUUUUGGUAUUUUCACCAUGCAGGAUACUUCUACUUACAGCAAAAGUGCCAACCAAGAUCGACUCUCACUUUCAUUACUUGGAAAUCCAAGCCUUGGAAAGCAAAAGAGGAAAUCAGCUAAGCUUGACAGUCAAUGACAAGGUAUACUCGUUUUUGGUUGGGGAGGAUUCGAAAUGUAGCACGGAAGUUGACAAUAUGAUAGGGGCCCUCAACAAUGCCAUUAGAAAUAUUUUUCCUACUGUACCGUUACAACAUAUUAUUAGGAAGAUUGAGGUGAUUCCCAAUACGAGGCUGCAACAACUACGAGAUCUAGAAGCUAUAGCCAGCAGCAGAAGAGAGGUGGGCCCCUGCGGCGGAUUCUCCAAUCAAUACGCUUGCAUGUGUGACUUUCACGGUAUGACGUAUAGAGAAGAAGUGGCGUGGGAUAUUGAUAAUAUUUACGUCUCUUUGAAUACUCGCGAGCUUAGCCUUAAGGACUUUGAAUACCUCGAUCAAAAGGAUUUAAUCCCAAUAAUCAGUGCUCUAGAAUACAACACGUGGUUUACAAAGUUACGAGCGAAUCAAGUGAAGCUAUCCCACGAUAACAUUGACAGGAUUUUGCACGUUUUACGUAAAUCCCUCAAUCUGGAAGAAAUAUAUCUGGAUAACUUAGGUCUUAAGGCUGAUUUUUUGAACAAGCUGUCCAGUGUUCUUAAGCUAAAUCUUGGAUCCGCGUUACAUACUAUAGAUGUAUCGUUUAAUCCAAUAGAAGAUAAAGGUGCUACUUAUUUGGGAAGUUGUAUUCCCAAGCUCAAUAAAGGUCUAGUCCAUUUAAAUUUGUCCCAUUGUGGUUUAAGCUCAAAAGGAGUCAAUAACUUGUUUGCGGCCCUCUGCAACAACACAAGCAGUUUUACCACCCUAACGUACCUCAAUUUGAGUGGCAAUAAUCUAAAAGACGAUAUAAGUAAUUUUCACAACUUCUUGUCUCAACCUAACUCCCUUCAAUACAUUGACAUCUCUUCCACUGACAUAAUUCUCGAAAACCUUUUUGGUGCUUUAGUAAAAGGCUGUACGACUAAUCUAGUUCAUUUAAACAUUUCCAAAAACCCAUACAGUAGCAAAAAGAACAAAGAAGCUCCGAUUUCCUUCAAGCAAUUCUUUAGCACUACGCUUAAUCUCAAGUAUCUCAACAUGUCGCACUGUAAAUUGCCGCAAGAGGCACUAAAAAAUUUAUUGUUGGGAUUGGCCUGUAACGAAUUUACCAAAGAAAUGACGUUAGAUAUUAGCAAUUGCGGACUCGGCAGUCAGGGGGCACACGUUCUGGAAUCGUGUGUGCACGGCGUUAGGUGUAUCUCUAGUCUUGAUAUUUCUGAAAACAAUAUGGAUUCAGAUCUGUGCAAUGUUGUGAUAGCAAUAAGUAAAAAUAAGUCUCUAAAACAUUUAAACAUGGCCCGAAGUAUGAAAAAACACAUGUCGUUGAUCAUGGAUUCGGUAGUUCAGAUAGUUCAAGACGAUGAAUGUCUACUGCAAUCGCUGAUAAUACCCGACUGUAGAUUGCGCGGGGAUCUUUAUAAUCUGUUGAAUGCUCUCGGAGAUAAUAAGUCAUUGGAGGUGCUAGAUAUAAGCGGAAAUUUGAUCGGAGACUCUGGAGCUCGAUUGUUAGCAAAAGCGUUGCAGAUCAACAGCAAGCUGAAGAGUAUCAUUUAUGAUCGGAACAAUAUUACUUUGCAGGGUUAUCAUGAUAUAGCUUAUGCUUUGGAGAGUAACUCAACAGUUCAAUACAUGCCGUUUCCAAUUUAUGAUAUUACUCCGUGCAUGAAGGCCAACGCUGAAAGAACAGAGUUAAUUACGAGGAAAAUUCAAGACUUGCUCAAUCGCAACGUUUCCCAGAAACAACAAUCCCUCAAAAGCUUUCCGAUGCAACCUGGGUUCUUGCUAACAUCAAAACAGCAGGCCCUGGAAAGAUUAGUACAACAAACCCAAGAUGCCAUCAAGAAUUUAACUAAUGAGUCAAUAGCUUCUACAAAUGAUGUUAAUCACGCUACGGGCGUGAUACAAGAUGCUGAAAAUGCUAGGCAAUUAUUGGUGAGAUUGCAGGAGGUCGCCCAACAUAGAGAUGAUAAACGGCCCAAUCCCGUAGAAGAGCGACUUCAGCAAGCAGCCUCUGACAUUCACACCAGUAUUUGUGAUUAUGUUCAGGCAACAACUGAGAAAAUGUUGAAGUGCUGCAAGGAACAAUGUCCCUACGUCUUACAUGAUGAAGAAACUGUCCAGGAAAUAAAGCGGGAGUGCAAGAAGAAGAAACAGAUUCCCUUUGAUUUUGUUACCACCUGCAUAAAGCAACAAUCUGGAGUGGACAUUAUGAAUAGAACAAGAGAAUUAAAUAUAAUGGUUGCCAAUCAGUUGUCGGAGCAAGUUACCGACGAGGUUUAUGAAGCGUUAAUGAGAAGUUAUAAGAUUUUAGUGGGUGAUGCAAGUGCAAUAAGAAUCGACUCACCUCCGAGGAGAUCUAGGUUAAGUAGUUCUGAUAGUUCUCGACAUGGUGCCAGUGAUAUUUCUAUUACGGACAGUAGUCAUCAAUCAGAUUUGUCUCCUUUGGCUACCCCACAUCUCUCUAUAAAGCGUAAGAGUCUACACGGACGAAAACUACGGCCUAAGUCAGUGGUAGAUAGCGUAGAAGGCAUCUCCGCUGACGACAUACCAAGUCUGUUACCAUCUCUUCCGGGUAAUUCCGAAGAAGAAGACUCAGUUACCGAAUUACCCAACACCAGCCAUCAAUUACAACAUCUAGUCAAGGGUAUUUUCCUCAACAAAGGUCGACCCAGAAGAGCGAAGACCAGAGCUCCCACCCGACCGGUGGUAAAUCCUCCCGACACCACAGACUCGGUGUCUCAAGAUUUGGUCGAAGGUUUGGAUUCUUUCUUCCGUCCUGGAUCAGUUACACCGACAUCGGAUGAUUGCCAUUCGUUCCACACUGCCGGAAGUCCAAAUCACGAUUUUUCAUCGCCGACUCUCAGCGAAGAUCGCAAAACUCCGAAAUUGAGCAGAAACUCGCCACUUUUAAGAGGUUUAAUGACACCUACACCCAGAUCUCGGUCCAUAGACAAUCUGGAAAAGUUCUCUCCUUCGUCUUUGAGGAAAAACAACGAUACCACUUCGUCUCCAUUGACUAGAAGACUGACGGGCGAAAGCAUAGUUUCCAGAGACAGUAGUGAUGGUAGCAUUGCAGCAGAAUCCAGUUUCGACCAUUCACCUGGAAGUACAUUAUCUAAAGGGAUGUCUUCCGAUGGAUCCAAAGAAGAGUGUGACAAUAUCAAGCAACAGAUGAAACAGCUAAAAAGUUGUCCGUCAAUAGCUCCCAAGCCGAGACCUUGGUCUAUGGUGAAUUCCGAAGGAAAAUCUAGCGACCUCGGUUUAUUGAGCGACGGAUCGUCUCCUAACAACUCAACAGGAAACACUCCCGAUUCCGCAGAGGCUUUGGACAGUUCGGAAUCUUCGUCUAUAGACAGACGGCUUGCAAAGGAAGUUAAACUGAAAAGGAGCAGUAAGUAG